AUGGUGUUCAAGUUUACCAUCGACCGCUUGGUCAACCGAUAUAUACCCGCCAACCAGGUGAGCAGGCUCCCCCGGCCGAUAGCGUGGAUCCUCGGCACCCACCCGGUGCGCCCGCAACCAGACUAUAUCAUAUGGGUCGAGAUCCUUCUCGGGUCGUUCUGCGGGAUGGCGUUGCUUGAAGGGGUAUUUAAGAGCCACACGGCGUUGACUAAGUUUCAUCCGCCCAUGAUCAUUGCUUCGUAUGGUGCCAGUGCCAUCCUUUGCUUCAACGCGUCGCAAGUACCGCUAGCACAACCGCGGAACGUGUUUAUGGGCCAUUUCCUUGGCUCGUUGAUUGGUUUGUGUAUUCAAAAAUUGUUCUCUUUAAGUGAGGGGGCACGAGAUAACUACUGGGCGCUGGGAGCUCUCCUGGUGGCAGUGGCGAGUGUACUAAUGCUGAUAUUUAAUUGCGUCCACCCUCCAGCGGGCGCCUCAGCUCUUUUACCAAGUAUUGACGACCGGAUCCGAGCGAUGCUGUGGUGGUACUUGCCGAUCCAAAUCAUCCUGAGUUUAUUGAUUAUAUCGGUGGCAUUGAUUACUGGUAACGUGGUGCGGCGCUACCCUGUCUACUGGUGGCUGCCUGAACCCACCGGCACCGCCUAUAAGCUGCUGCUGCUGUUACUGCUGGCUCAACCACCACCACCGCCUCCUCCACCAGAAAAAGUAGUGGAACUGCCACCACUGCUGCUGGACCCAGAAAAGGCCGACGAGGCAGUGGUGAUUACCGGUGAUACUAUCGAUAUCCCCGCCAGUCUCGACCUAGACGACGUCGAACUCGACUUCCUCCACACCAUCCAGAAUAAACUCAACCAUCAUCGCAACCUGACAUCCUCAGCUUAA